AUGUUACAGACUCCCGGAAGAUCCUUGGCUCUCUUCCUUCUGCCUCUCCUGGCUGUUAGUGGAGUAAAGUUUCGCCCUGAAGAAGGCGGCAUUCUCCCUAAUGAAAUGUACCAGUUGCCUACCCCCUUCGACAUAGCAGCGACCCAGACAACCAAAGAAGGGACCGAUAGCCCCUCCUUUUGGUCGUCUUCGUUUAUCCUCGGAUCCAACAACCAUAGCUAUUUGAUUCUUUCCCACUUUCUGGCCGACCUCUCCCUAUACAGGGCAUCCAUUCUCGACAUCACGGACCCAUCGCAGUACACUCAGUUUGAUACACUCUCGAAUUCUUCAACCUUUUACUCCGACACUGGUGUAUUCAACGCGUCGUUUCCCGACCACGGCUUUGGCUCUACGAGCCCCUCGGACGGUCUAUCUGAGAUGCGAACCUGGAGCACUGUUCCCGGAACCGCAUUCGACUUGACUUUCGAAUCAACUUCCUCCGUGCUCCUAAAUGGUGGUCUCGGGGUGUUCAAAGCCGGGAAUGCCACGACGAGAGGCUGGCUGAAUGUCAACGGAACGAGGGUCGUCGUGGAUAUGGCGCAGUCCUUGACGUGGUACGACAGGCAAUGGGGCGGCGCGCCGCCAAAUUGGUCCUGGUUUGAGCUGCAUCUCGAGAACGUCAAUGGAACUGACGUUCCCCUCUCCAUCUGGGUUUGGGACGAGGAGGAAGGACAGAGAGGCCUUGCGACGAUCCGCGACGGAGGCGUACAAAAUGUCGUCUCGGUCGCGUCUUUGAAGACGUCUGGACGUACGUAUACUUCCGAGGCGUCGGGUGCCACCUACCCGCUUGAUUGGAUCCUCUCCCUGGCUGAUGGAACUGAGCUCUCCGUUUCGAGUGUGAGAGAGGAUCAAGAGCUGUACGCGCUGGGUGGAAAGUUGCCAACGUAUGAAGGAUAUGUCACUGUGACGGGUGUUUACAAGGGGUGCCAGAAGGUUGAAGGGUAUGGUCUGAUUGAGGUCACCCCUCCCGGUGCACUCUGA